AUGGAGCUGCACAAGUUGUUUUUAUUUGCUAUCCUCUACGCCUUCAUCGAAGCAUUUCAGAAGCCUCCUGCCGUCUUGAUCCAUAAGGACAAUUCCUUUGACAGAAGUGGAAAAAAUCUUCCAGCCAAUCAGAACCAGGGUCAGUGGGCAGCAAACCGUAACCAAGCCGGUUUUGGUCAGCCAGUCAACAGAGGUGGCGCUGGAGUAGACAUUAACCGCGGUGAAAUUGAUACCAAUGUCUUGAAAAACAUCCUGCAGGCAAAGCAGCAGCAGCCUGCACAACAACCAGUUCAAGUGCAGCACGCGCAACCGAAACGUUCCGGUUUUGACGAAAGUGACAACAGCGUCAGAGCCUUCAACAACAACAAUAAUAAAAAUAACAGGAUUCCGAACGACAUUCCAGAAAAAGAUGGAGAGAGCCUUAAACAUCAACAGCAUCCCCAGCAGCAACAGGACUUACCUUCUCACAACCAGCUCCCUGAAAAGGAACACAACGUCCCACAGGAACCAGCUCGAGGGAAGAGUCGUGUUAUCUGGGACUGGCAUGACUUUUCCAUUAAUAUGGAGGAUUACGUAGUCCCUGAGCAGAAAAUUCGUCGUUCACCAAUCAGUACGUCAGGUGAACCAUGGCCUUUGCCUCAGUACUAUAUCAAAAAGGCUAAGGUUUUACGUUUGUCCCCUAAUUUUAAGUUUGUUUAUUUAAAGCACAGCUGUGAUAUCAUAGAACAUGGUAUUAUACGGUACAGGAAGUACAUUUUGCAGGACUCACUGCCAGAUUUGCUCUAUAAUAACUUAAAACAUGCGCGAGGCUUCCGCUUCGAGGAAACGGAACACAAAUACGAGAGUAAACUGUACAAGAAUGCUCCUGUUAUUGAGACGAUUCAGAUUGAUAUCCACAGUCCGUGCGUUGGAGUUUUCCCUUCAGACAAAACAGACGAAUCCUAUGAUUUGGUUGUCAAAGAGUCUGGUUCUUAUCUGUCUGCUAAACAAGUGUGGGGAGCUCUAAGGGCUCUUGAGACACUCACUCAGUUGGUUGUAAAAAGUCCUGCUGCUAUAUCUAUCUAUAAAAUACAGCUAUAUCUAUCUAUAAAAUACAGCUAUAUCUAUCUAUCUAUAAAAUACAGCUAUAUCUAUCUAUCUAUAAAAUACAGCUAUAUCUAUCUAUCUAUAAAAUACAGCUAUAUCUAUCUAUCUAUAAAAUACAGCUAUAUCUAUCUAUCUAUAAAAUACAGCUAUAUAUCUAUCUAUAAAAUAAAAUACAUCUAUCUAUCUAUCUAUAAAAUACAGCUAUAUCUAUCUAUCUAUAAAAUACUGUUAUAUCUAUCUAUCUAUCUAUAUAAAAUACUCUAUAUUCAUCUAUCUAUAAAAUACAGCUAUAUCUAUCUAUCUAUAAAAUACAGCUAUAUCUAUCUAUCUAUAAAAUACAGCUAUAUCUAUCUAUCUAUAAAAUACUAUGUUGUCAUUGGAGACUAUCCUCGCUUCUCUCAUCGUGGUGUCAUGAUCGACACUUCUCGUCAUUACCUUUACAAGGAUGUAAUUUUUGAUGUUCUGGAGGGGAUGGCCCAGAACAAAAUGAAUGUUCUCCACUGGCACAUGGUUGACGAUCAAUCAUUCCCAUAUGAGAGUAAAGUGUUCCCUGAACUUAGUGAGAAAGGUGCCUACCAUCCAUCUAUGGUGUACAAGCACAAAGAUAUAGCAGAAAUUAUACAGUUCGCUCGUCUAAGAGGCAUCCGCAUUGUUCCAGAAUUUGACAACCCAGGUCACACAUAUUCUUGGGGCCUUGGCCGGCCUGACUUACUAACUCAAUGCUACGAGAGAAGCCGGCCUGUCAAUGGCUACUUGGGACCAAUUGACCCUACCAAAAACAUGAGCUACACAUUCCUUAAGAAACUCCUCAAUGAAGUUUUACAUGUAUUUAAAGAUAAAUACAUUCACCUCGGGGGUGAUGAGGUACCUCUUACUUGUUGGCAGUCCAACCCAGAGGUGAUUCGUUUUGCAGCUCAUUUAACUGGUACCGACAUGGCUGAUGACAGUGAUAUUCACAAAGUCUUGGAGUAUUAUGAAAGAAGAGUCAUCAAUGACUUGGCUAAAAUUGGCAAGAGAAGGCCAGAAGGAGUUCGAGUGAUACUCUGGCAAGAAGUUCUGAAUAAUAACUUCCAGCUUCCAAAUGACACAAUUAUUCAAAUCUGGCAAGGAGAUAUGUUUGAUGUGGAACGUGCAGCCAAGCGUGGCCACCAGAUUGUUUACUCCACCUGUUGGUACCUCGAUCUCAUUGAAUAUGGCAUCAAGUGGCCUAAAUAUUAUACUUGCGACCCAGCUGAUACCAGUGGAGUAAUGAUGAUUUUUCUUUUCCUUUUGCUCUUCCUUUUUUCUUUCUCUUUUCCUUUUUUCUUUCUCUUUUCCUUUUUUCUUUCUCUUUUUUUCUUUUGUCUUUCCUUUUUUCUUUUGUCUUUCCUUUUUUCUUUUGUCUUUCCUUUUUUCUUUUGUCUUUCUUUUCUCUUCUCUUUCUUUUCUCUUCUCUUUCUUUUCUCUUCUCUUUCUUUUCUCUUCUCUUUCUCUUCUCUUUUUCUCUUCUCUUUCUUUUCUCUUCUCUUUCUUUUCUCUUCUCUUUCUUUUCUCUUCUCUUUCUUUUCUCUUCUCUUUCUUUUCUCUUCUCUUUCUUUUCUCUUCUCUUUCUUUUCUCUUCUCUUUCUUUUCUCUUCUCUUUUCUAUUUUUUGCUUUCUUUCCUCUUUUUUCUUUGUUUUUGUUUUCUUUUUCUUUUCUUUCUUUUUCUUUCUUUUCUUUCUCUCUCUUCUUUCUUUUCUUUCUUAUUUUUUUCUCUUUUAUUUAUUUUCUUUGCCUUUUUCUCUUUGCAUUCUUUUUUCUUUCUUUUUCUUUUCUUUCUUUUCUUUCUUCUUUAUUUUUCUUUUCUCCUUUUAAUUCUUUCUAUUCUUUCUUUUUUCUUUGCUUGCUUUUUCUCUUUUUCUUUCUUUCUUUUUUCUUUUCUUUUUCUUAUUAUUUUUCUUUCUUUUUUCUUUCUUUUUUCUUUUCUUUAUUUCCCUUUUUUUCUUUAUUUCCCUUUUUUUUCUUUUCUUUUUUCUUUUUCUUUAUUUUUCUUUUUCUUUUCUUUUUCCUUUUCUUUUUCCUUCUUUUCUUUUUCCUUUUCUUUUUCCUCUUUUCUUUCUUUUCUUUUUUCUUUCUUUUCUUUUUUCUUUCUUUUCUUUUUUCUUUCUUUUCUUUUUUCUUUCUUUUCUUUUUUUCUUUCUUUUCUUUUUUUCUUUCUUUUCUUUUUUUCUUUUCUUUCUUUUUUCUUUUCUUUCUUUUUGAUCAUUCACAUGAGAAUUCUCCAACCUACCAGCCAGGCUAUAUCUGGCUCAUACACAAGGUUUCAUUUGUAA